AUGUCUGCCGAGAAUCAGUGGGAAGAACUUGAAGAUUUACCCCACCGAAAUAAGGAGGCUUCAGCGGAAAUUGGCAAUGAUCUCCAAGACGGGAGCCACCCCGACGCUGACAAAGCCAAUGGUGAAGUAGGCGAAAUCCAAGAGACAUCUGAAUACCCAGUGGAGAAGGCUGAAGCCGAUAACCAACCGGAAUUUUGUGACCAAGAAGUACAGGAACCCAGGCCCCACACUCCGGAAGAGGAGUAUCCCGCAGAAGAACCAAAUACUUAUCCUGAAGAGGAGCCUCGCAAUGAGGAAGUAAAUAAGCGUGAGGUGCCAGUGGAAGAAGGUGUUGUGCGUGGGGAGAACAAGGAAAGCAAUGAAGACGAAUUUCCACCUCACACACAGGAAGUUCAUCAUCUCGUCAAGCCAAGGAAAACGCCGUUUAAGAAACCAAUUCGUUGGGAUCCUAUUGAGUACGAUUUGCGUGAAGACAGUGACGAUGAAUUUGAGAUGGCAACAGCAUUGCGCCCAGUCUAUGAGGAGGAAGAGGGCUUCGGGGUGCCCAAAUUUAAAAAUGGCGAGCCGGACUAUCAAGGUGAGUAUCUUUCCUGUUUUGAUGAGCCCAAUUUGUUGUACCGCAUUUUGAACCGCGAAGAAAAAACUUGGGCCUUUUACAAUGAUACUCGCCAUUAUGAAAUGCACGUGCGGUUCAUCUUUGGUAAGAACUCCGUGCUAGAGGCACUUGGAAAUACGAAAAUUCAUACUCGGUCCGAUGGUGAGCAUGUGGCUGAGGUCUUUGUUUACCCCGGAGAAACGGAAAUGUUCAUUAAGGGCAGGGUGAAUGGUUUCACAAGCAAGCUCCGCGCGGUUCCUUUGUCGGAGGAAUACCAUCAACGCCGUCAAGAAGUUGCUGAGGACGCCAUUCAACGUGAAGUGGCUCAGAUUAAGGCAAUUGUUGGGGAUGAGAGGAGUGCAGAGAAGGUUUUGGAGGCUUGUUUGGAGAAUAAUCUCCCUUUUGUGGACCUGGAGUUUCCACCCUGCCAGGCAUCAUUGGAUACUGGCGCGA